UUGCGACUGACACAUCCCCUUCAGAGAUUUAGCACUGACUGAGUCCCAAGGACCUGGAGGAAGAAACGCCUGACACACCAUUCUCAGCCAUCUCCUCAACCUCUUUGGACUUAUAGCUAUGUUUGCCUCAGCAACAGAAAACUUUGUGAAGAACGUGGAUUCUGACGGCAACCUGAUACCUGUGUCCUCCCUGAACAACUGUGGCAAGUUGAACCCUCUCUCACUGGUUCUCAAACAGUCCUAUUUCUUCUGGAAAACCAAAUACACGCCUACUAAGUUCACCCUCGAUGAUGUGCUUACCAAAAAUCCACCCUUAAACCCAGCUGUCAAGGAGUGUGACUUUGUGGGCUACGGUGGGACAUUUGGUGACAGCCAAGAUGCCAGCGUAGAUGUGGAGACAAAAUUGGCAGCAUAUGCAGUGGAUUUAAACUUUAACAUGGGGGCAAAACACGCCUCCACACUCAAGUCGUCCCUUGGCAAACUGAAGAAAGAAGAGGUUGACGUUAAGUGGUUACAAAACAUCUCAAAAGACAAGCUUCUGGACAUGUCCCUCUCUCUGAUCCAGGACGCCCGUAAAAAUAGUUCUGUGUUUGGGGUGGUGAUGGAGAGGAUUGUGACGAGUGAGCCGUGCUCGAUAAGAGAAAAAAAGCAUCAGGCUGGAAACGUUGGUGCUGGAGGGAAUGUCACUGGAGUCCCGGUGUCUGUAAAGGGGAAAGUAGAAGUACAUGGAGUCAAAGAUGUGUUCCUGGAGAUUCCUAAAAACACUGUCAUUGCCUACAGCAUUGAGGAGAUCAAGGUCAAACUCGAUGGACACUUUGAACUGGAGAAACUGAGUGGUCAUUUCCAGGUGCUGUCAUCCCUGCCAACAGCCAAACGUUCCUCUCUGCUCCAGCUCCUCAAGACAACCAUGGAGGACAGAGAGGCAGUCAGUGUGCUGGAGAAUGUGCUGGAUCAGAUGUUGGUUGGUGAGACACCGGACAUGGAUGAUCUUAUGGAGGAGACUGAGAAGCAGAUAGUCCAGGCCAUACUGGAACUUUUACACAAGUCUGAUGAAUCAAAUGAGGGCCAGACAGACGACGAGUCACCCUCACUGCUCUGUUCCACCAACCUCAUUGAGGGCCAGACGGACAACAAGUCACCCUCACUGCUCUGUUCCACCAACCUCAUUGAGGGCCAGACAGACGACGAGUCACCCUCACUGCUCUGUUCCACCAACCUCAUUGAGGGCCAGACGGACAACAAGUCACCCUCACUGCUCUGUUCCACCAACCUCAUUGAGGGCCAGACAGACGACGAGUCACCCUCACUGCUCUGUUCCACCAACCUCAUUGAGGGCCAGACGGACGACGAGUCACCCUCACUGCUCUGUUCCAUCAACCUCAUUGUCAGUGCCAUGAAUGAAAUGACAGAUGAGGGUCUGUCUGUGUUGGGAUCCUGUUGCAGUCCUCCAGUCUUACAGGCCCUGCAGAUCCUGGUGCAUCACGUGGCAGCAUGGAGUGGAGAGACCCUCUCUCUGAGAGAUGCAGGUCUGGCUGUUCUGACUGAGGAGGAGGUGUUUGGGAGGACAGAGAGUCUCUUUGGUCACUCUGAAGUUACACUGAAGAGAGAGGAGGACACACUGAGGACAGAGAUGAAGGACCAGCCUGGAUACCUUCCUCUAGUCAUGAGUAUCACUGUGAAAGGCCUGGCCUCUUUAGUGUAAGGAGGGAGGGAGAGGGAGAGGGAGAGA